AUGAACAACUCAACCAGUCAAGAAUUAAUUGUUCACUGUGAAGAGAAUGAGGAUGAUUAUUAUAAUCUUGAAGACUAUGACAUUGAUGAAUCUUACUACUUCUAUGUCAUCAAUGCAAUACUAAGUGGCACUGCAAGGCUCAAUGUUCUCUUGCCCACAUUCACCAUCCUUGCCUUCAGCAUUUUCGCACCAAUCUUAACAGAUGAUGGUGAAUGCAGCACACUGAAUCGCUGGUUAAUGGGAAUCUUUGUUGUUAUAUUGGCUGUUUCUUGUGUAUUCUUUACCUUGACAGAUAGCUUCAGAACAGCCACUGGGAGGUUGUAUUAUGGGGUGGCAACAUUCAGAGGGAUAUGGACUUUUAAUGGAGGCAGGAAGAAGCCACGUGUGCCAUCAGAUUUCAGAUUGAGAUGGAAUGAUCUUUUCUAUGCAUCACUAUCCCUUUUGUCUUUUCUUGCUUUUGCAGGAUUGCAUCAAGAUGUUGUUAAAUGUUACUAUCCAGGACUGCCUAGAAAGGUUACCAACACUCUUCCCCUUGUGGUUGGUUUUGUUGUAAGUAUCUUGUUUGUUGUGUUUCCUUCAAAAAGAAGAGGGAUUGGCUAUCCUUUCUUGCUGCAGAGAGAUCCUUUCUUCUCUAGACGUUGA